AUGGAGGCUGAGUUCCAUCCGACUCAGGUCCAAGAGGCUAAAGUCCAUGAGGCUGAGUUGGUCCAAGCGGCUAAAGUCCAUGAGGCUGAGUUGGCCCAAGACGCUAAAGUCCAUGAGGCUGAGUUGGCCCAAGACGCUGAGUUCCAUCCGAUUUUGGUCCAUAAGAGCCAGUUGAUAACCUAUGAGGGUGCGCUCCAUCCGACGCAGGCCCAUGAGGCUGAGUUGCUCGAAGAGGCUGAGGUUGAGCAUAACGAUUGGAUAAUUAACAUGAACGGAGACUUGGAGCCUGGUCCUGAGUGUUGUAUUUGUAGAGUCCCGAAAAAUAUUCGUAAAGUCAACGAAGAAGCCUACACUCCUCGAGUAAUUUCAAUAGGCCCUUUUCACUUCCGUAAAGAAAAAAUGAAAGACAUGGAAAAGCAAAAAGAGAGAUAUGAAAGAAAGUUUUUCGAACGAACAACUCCUGGGAAACGUGAUCAAGUUUUAGCCUUCAUCAAAGAAAACGAGCAACAGAUACGAAAUUGUUAUGCAGAGACCUGUGAGCUUCAGAGUCAUGAAUAUGUAAUGAUGAUUCUACGUGAUGCUAUUUUUAUCAUAGAGCUGCUCUUGAGGAAUCAUGAGAGGAAUAGAAGUGACUUUUGGUUAGCUAUACCAGCAGAAAACAUUGCUUUAAAGAUGGACUUGCAAUUACUGGAAAAUCAACUUCCAUAUUUUUUACUUGAGGGAUUAUACAAAUUAGUUGACCGAAGCCCUUCCUUCAUUGAUCUUUGUUUUAAAUUCUUCAGGGAUCAGAUGUUUGAUAGUGUACCUCACCUAGAAGAGAUUAAACAUUUCACCGAUUUGCGAAGAAGUGCUCUACUGAAAGGCUACCCGGAGAAGAAAUGUAAUGAUCGUGAAUAUUCUGAAUUUCAUUUACCCUGUGCGGCGAAGCUACAUGAAUCAGGAGUGAAGUUUAAGACUACGCAUCAGUGCUUACUUGAUAUAAGAUUUGAAGCAAAAAAGUUAAUAAUACCACAUUUAAGAGUUUAUGACGAGACAGAAACUAUACUUGGGAACAUAAUGGCUUUGGAGCAAUGUCAUUAUGUAGAUAAUACUCCCGUUUGUGAUUAUGUUGGACUACUAGACUCUCUUAUCGAUACUAAAAGCGAUGUGGAUUUGCUUGUUAAGGAGGGAAUUAUUUCCAAUUAUCUGGGCGAGAAAAUGGCAUUAGUAAGUUUGUUUAGCAAACUUUGCUCACAUACGCCUGUAAAUAAACAUUCUUACUAUGAGACUGUUCCGGCACUGAAUGCGCACCAUUAUUAUCUUUGGAACCAGCGAAAGGCAAUCUUGAAAAGAAUUUAUUGCAGCGAUUUCGCGAGAAUGUCAGCAACUGUUUCAGCUACUGUACUCAUGAUACUCACUAUUAUACAAGUCAUAUGUUCUGUCGGGCAAUGGGUCAAAUAG